ACUUCUAGAAGUGGCGUUUUCGGUUGUGGAGGCGCUGUUCGAAGCGGGUAGAAGGAGGCGGCCGACCGGGCGAGCUUGACGGCCUCCCCGGUCGCGAUGUGGAAAAGUUCCCGUCUUCUGCCCAGCCCGUUGGCGCACUGUGGCUCCCAGAUCGUCAGGAGUCUCGCUCCAGAGGCUGGCCCGGGCACCCGUUCCUGGGCGGGGGUUUUUCUACAUGAGUGGAGAAGAUAAUUGUUGCAAGUAGGAGAGACACAGCAUUUUUUUAGGAUGUCUGAAGAUGAAGAAAAAGUGAAAUUACGGCGUCUUGAACCAGCUAUCCAGAAAUUUACUAAGAUAGUAAUUCCAACAGAUCUGGAGAGGUUAAGAAAGCAUCAGAUAAAUAUUGAGAAGUAUCAGAGGUGCAGAAUAUGGGACAAGUUGCAUGAAGAGCAUAUCAAUGCAGGACGUACAGUUCAGCAACUCCGCUCCAAUAUCCGAGAAAUGGAGAAGCUUUGCUUGAAAGUGCGAAAGGAUGACCUAGGACUUCUGAAGAGAUUGAUAGAUCCUGUUAAAGAAGAAGCAUCAGCGGCAACAGCAGAAUUUCUCCAGCUCCAUCUGGAAUCUGUAGAAGAACUUAAGAAACAAUUUAAUGAUGAAGAAACUUUUUUACAGCCUUCUUUGACCAGAUCCAUGACUGUUGGUGGAACAUUUCACAGUACUGAAGAUGAAGCUGAUCCUCAGAGUAUGACUCAGAUUUAUGCAUUGCCUGAAAUUCCUCGAGAUCAAAAUGCUGCAGAAUCAUGGGAAACCUUAGAAGCGGACUUAAUUGAACUUAGCCAACUGGUCACUGAUUUCUCUCUCCUAGUGAAUUCUCAGCAGGAGAAGAUUGACAGCAUCGAGGACCAUGUCAGCAGUGCUGCUGCGAAUGUUGAAGAGGGAACCAAAAACUUGGGGAAGGCUGCAAAAUACAAGCUGGCAGCCCUGCCUGUGGCAGGUGCGCUCAUCGGAGGAGUGGUGGGGGGCCCGAUUGGCCUCCUUGCAGGCUUCAAAGUGGCAGGAAUUGCAGCUGCGCUUGGGGGUGGGGUGUUGGGCUUCACAGGUGGAAAAUUGAUACAAAGAAGGAAACAGAAAAUGAUGGAGAAGCUCACUUCCAGCUGUCCAGAUCUCCCCAGCCAAACUGACAAAAAAUGCAGUUAAAAACCAAACUUCAGUAUUGUUGGUGCCAACACGUCUAUCCUAAUGACGACCUUCGCUGCUGUUGGACACCCAGUCAGCUUUCAGAACAUGAUUAUGUCCAAAUAGUCGCUGUAGAUGCUCAAGUGGGAUUGAACUGUGAUAAGAGGAUGCAUUUUGUUGUUUGCCGGGGUAUUAAUGGAGAUGUGAAAAAUUGAGGAGCCUGGACUGAAGGUGUACAAUAUUUGUCAGAUAAAGUUUAAGAACUGCCAGGGAGCAGAUUUUCUACUUGGAAAUGUGAAAACCAAACUUAUAACUUUGAUCAGGACUUGUGAUCUGUGGACAUGUUGGGUUAUGGAAGGACCGUUUUCAGAAUAGUUUCUUCCAUGACCCUGACUUGGAGACUCCAAGGCUAAGCAUAUUGUAAAUAUGCUUCUUUAACUCCUAAGUAUACAUUAUUUAGACAGUUUAGCAGAGAAAAGACUGGACGUUCAGGAGCUUUUCACAUCAAAUAGGGAAAUCAGGAUCUAGCAAGGGGCCCAAGUGAAGUACAUAAUGGAGUCCAUUUGGUGAGCCCUGUUGCCGUUUGUCUAACACUGGUUUCCAGUAAAGGAAAUAAAUAUUGUAAGAAAAUGGAAAAAGAGGCCCAAUUUCUCCUUCAGAUAUCUUAAUUUGUGACACUAGCUUCUUCUCUGAAAUCUUUCUUCUGCCUCUCUGUAAAUAAAGAACACAGAGUCUCAAGUCAGCCUAUCUCUUAACACCUCAGAUAUCUCGUCCCCUCUGCCUUUCAACUUUGUAAUUUUGAAAAGUUCUUUGUCUUAUGGGAUGAAUUCUACCCAUGUGUAAUGAAGACUUUUCUCAUAGUCUGUUUUUACUCUUUUGUAUUGUAGAGAGAGGUGUCAAUCUCCAAACGUUGUUAGAGUUUGAGCUAAAAAAUAAGCAAGGGGGGAUAACCAGAUCAUUUCUUGGGGCAUCUCACAAUUUCAAGGGGCUCAUGUACUUGCCCUGCAGCGAGUCUUUGACCCUAUUUCUUCUGUCUUUUCAGUUGGCAAUUGGAGGAGCUAAGAACUAGCUUUCUACCUCACUUUCAUUACUACCAUCCUUUUCCCUAGGUUUUACUAUCUCCUGUGCUUUCCUUCACUUUGCACAGCUGCAUUUCUUCCCGAGAAUAGCAUUCGUGCUUGCCUUUUCUCACAUUCAAGAUUGAUGAUGGGCAAGGCCUGGCACCAAGUCUCAGUCCUGGUGGAGGAUUUGUGGUGCUAAUUUCAACACUUGACAUUGAUAGCAAGCAUGACCCAGCCCAACCCAAUGUCUGUCUCAAAUAGCAGGGAAAUUUUAAAUUUAGAAAAAAAGAAUUUAAGAUUAUGGGCAGCCUCAUCCUGUACCCUCAACUCAUCUGAGGUAGGAAGGAACCACCUUUUGCCUUGUUCUUUAUUCUUUCCUGAGGACAGAGGAAAGGGCACCUAUACCACAAAAGAUGUGAGCUCUCUGCUCAGGAACCAGAUGGAUUCGUCAUUGGUUGAAUGGUUUAUCACAUCUCUCUUGCUGAGUUUACUCUUAAUAACUUUUAUUGAUUGCUAUCUUUUACUUGUAUGUCUAAUCUAAAGAGACCUUUCUCUUUCAUACUUUUUGCUUCUCACCAAUGAAUUCCAAUGAGGCAACACACCAUUUCUUAUCAUUAUUGAAUAACUGGAAAACAUAUUGCUCCCUGCUGACUUGUAUCGUUAGUAUAAUACUGAGAAGGGAGUACUUUGAAUAAGCGUCAGAUUCUGAUCCAGUAUUUGAUAUUAAAUACCUGUGAGGUUGGGAUAAUUACUUUUGAGCUCCACCUUUUUAUGUUUUCUGAUCCUUGCUGUCCCUUUAACACAGGAUGUUCAAGCCAGAAUGAGGAUCAGAAUUGCCCAGGGUGCUAAUUUAAAACAGAAUUCCUAUAUUUCAAUUCCAUGGGUUCUAAUAAUAGCCAUUCUCAUCCUGUCAGCUAAAAUUAUAAAUUUAAGAUAUAGUUACAUCAAGAUUAGCUGAACUGCUGAUUUCUGUAAUUUCUUGUAUUCUACCCUUCAGCAUAACCCAGUCUUCAUCAGUGCAUAUUAUUCCUAUUCUGCCAAUCUAAAGUUGGCUAGCUCACCAUCUUAACAGCACUAGGGAUUCUUUAUACUGUCAGGCUGGUUUUACUCAAGACCUGGUGGAGGAAAGAGGCCUAUUGUUGACCCUCACAUUUUGUUUUGGGAUCUUUCCUUUUCACUGAGCCAGUGAGGGACAUCAAUAUAUGUGCUCAUAUAGGCCUUGAAUUUUUUUUUUUUUUUUAACUGCUCAUCAGGAUGGGAAUAUUACUCUAGGUAGAGUAAUAUUUUAUGCUUAGGUAAGUUACAGUCCUUUUUUAAAGUUUUAUAAUUUAAAAUUAUUUAGAAAUUGUAUCUAAUUUCCUCAUUAAGAGAGCCUAAUAGCCAACUUUUUGUAGAAAUUUCUUUGAGUGUUUAAUCAACUAUGAGUGAUAUACCUAUAAACUGUAAUGUGUUAGAAGUAUAAAUUAGUCAGUAUGACACAGAAACCAGUCUUAAAAUUGAAUUUAAUGCCCUGUAGUAUCAAAUUAAAUUUAUCUUCUAUAUGAUUCAUGUAUUAUUUUUACUGCAGCAAGUUAGAAGUAAGGAACAUUUUAAGUUCUUCAAAUUUACAGAGGCUUAUUUGGAUACAGGCAGCAUUCCUAAAGCCUUGUUGAUAUAAUAAUCUGAGAAUUUCUCUGUAGAGCAGAGACUGAAACUUUUUGGUUGUAAUCCGUAGUAAAAUACAUUAACAUCAAAACUCAGCAUAUGCAUUAUGGAACAAUACUUAAUGUGCAGUGUACUUUGUUUUUUAUUGUUUUAGUUUUUAAAAUAUGCUAGUUGUAACCUAUGAAAUUGAUUUCAUAAUCUACCAAUAGGUGUUGACAUUUAGUUUCUAAAAAGAAAAAAAAAAACCCUUAUAGAGGAACUGAUACUUAUGGAAUAUCUUCUGUUGGUCAGGCACUUCACUAGGCAUUUUAUAGCUAAGGAAACUGGGUCUCAGAGAAACUAAAUAAUUUGCAGACGGCUAUUCAACUGCAAAAAGGUGAAGCCAGGAUGUAAACUAGGUCUGUUGAACUACAAAAACUUCUGUACUGUCAUACUGUGCUGUUUCUGUAUAUAAAAUUGUGAUGGGCUAGUCACUCUGCUUCACCUAAACACCCCUAUAUUCUGUAAGGUAGGCUUGGUUUGAAGUUACAUGUGCCAUUCAUUUACACUUUUCUUAAAAUCUUCUUUUUCCUCACCAAGUGUCCAGCAACUUCAGAGUUUUUAAUGGUUCAGACAGUAAAGAAUUUGCCUUCAGUGUAGGAGACCAGGGUUCGACUCCUGGGUUGGGAAGAUCCCCUGGAGAAGGGAAUGGCUACCCACUCCAGUAUUCCUGCCUGGAGAAGUCCAUGGACAGAGGAGCCGGUGAGGCUGCAGUCCUUAGGGUCACAAAGAGCUGGACACAGCUGAGCGACUAACAGACACGAUGCAAUGCAGAAGCACAUACUGCUGACUCUGGUCCUUAGGCUGUAAAUGUGUUUCCAUCCCACACACAUCCUGCAUAUUUCCUUAUCUUUGUGGGUCAUAGUCAUCACUUAAGCAGUGUUUUUUAUAUUGAAUCAUAAAAUAAACUCUGAAGUAAUGUUUUAAAGCAAUUAUAACUCAUAGAGUCAAGUUAUUGCCCUUUACCGUGGCACCCUUGGGAGGCCAUGUACCUACUGUAGUGCUGGCAGUAUUACUUAGAGUAUUUUUGAAACUUUUCUUUUGGAAUUGGCUUUAAAGACAUUUUACAAAUCACGUAAAAAAGCCACCUCAGUGUUUAUUAGUCACAGAUUAUGCUCCUUUCUCCUUACAAUGUCUUCUUUCUUUAGUUUUGCUUUUCUUCUGCUGAUUUAGCUCUUCUAACCCCUGUGCAGGAGCCAAUACCCUAAGAAGCCCCAGAAGAUGGGUGUGUUGGCCAGAGGUCCAGGAGCAAGAAUUUUAGGUUAUCCUGAAACUGAGUGCUGGAUAGGGAGAAUUCUCUGAGUUCAAAGACCCUCCUCUGUGGGCUGCCCAAGUGCCACAAGUCAUUUGCACGGGAGUGAGGACUGAAGUAUCUAUGAAUCACAAGAGGCUGUGGAAGCUUAAAUAUAAACACUUGUGUACCACAUUUUUCUCCAGUGAAAGUCACAGAGGCCAAACCAAGCCAUUCUUUGUUCUCAGGGUCCCCUCUGCCCUUCAUUGCUGCUACUCAAGAGCUCUGGGAAGAAGGAUGCAAAAGGACUUAGGGAAACGGUUCUCCUGUAAAACAGGGCAUUUUCUCCUCUUGUGAUGAAGUGUGACAUGGUGGUGGCUAUCAGUGCUCGCAAUGUUAAUUAGUGAGAGACCUAAUAAAAAACAGGGAAGCUUCCCCAGUAGCCUCAAUUAA